GCGUCGCAGCCAUUGAUUUUGUAGUCAUCUCAGUCACAAGUUUGUGAAUUAUUUCUUUAGGAUAUUCACUACUUGAGCCUACCUAAACAUAGUUUAAUCGGUGAUUUGUCAGUGCCAAUGUAGUUUAAGAGUGAGAAACUGAGUUGCAUUAUGGACAAAGUGUCCAUCUGAAUUUUGGAAAAAAUGGAUAACAUAAUUGUUGCUAUGAAAUGUGUCGCCUUGUGAAAUCAAAUCGACCUACUUUAGCUGUUGUGAAUCUUUCGGAAAUCUUUUGUCGGAAAAAUAAUGUUCGGUUGUCUAUAGUGAAUGAUGCGAAAUUUUUGAACUGAAAAUGGAAAACACCCACUAUGACAAUAACCACGAAAGAAGCUUUUCGAGUGACGGAACGGAAUUUCUUGAUAUUCCGCUCCCUGAAAAACCAGCUCGUGCCAUUGAAAUCCAAAAUUUAGAUAUAUCCCCCGCGGUGGCGGCUUUAUUGUUUUCCCGAGUGGAGAAUGCUGAUGAGAAUGAAGUCAAUUUUGAGGAAAAUAGUAGUUCAGAGUGGGAUACAGACACUCCACGAGUAGAGAACCGUUGGUCCACUUCCGAGGAGGAAUCAUCAUUCUAUCGAGACGAUGCAGCUGCUCACACAAACGAUUCGACAUGCUGUGAUGAAGACUUCACAUGGGUUCGUUCCGAAAAUACAGUUAUUGAGAAGCACCCGCUGCAAUCAUCGCCAUCCUCCAAGAACGCGAGCAAACCACCACGACCAGGUGGGGCUAGUCUAGAUCGUAGACGGCAAACUCAGAGUAGCCGACAUGAUCGUGAUCACAAAAGCCGUAGCACACAUUUAGUUCGAGAAAAGUGUAUGUCAGGUGAUCUGAAGGAAAGCCAUCAUGCGCGGGAAAAUCGCAAGGAAGCCGGAUAUCACAGUGAAUCUUACAUAAAUCAUUAUAGGCGGGGUUCGCCUGGAUUUUGGGAGUUCCCACCACCUCCAGCUUUCCCUUAUCCAGGAUUCGAUCUGCAUCAUCUCUAUGGCUAUCAUUCCAGUCGCGAUGAUCUUCGCAUGUUUGACUAUCAUCGCAGACAUGACUUUUUCCGGUAUGGAAGCAAUGGAGCACUUCCGAUCAGCUCGUCGCAAGAAUUAUAUCAUGGGGGUGGUGGUUGUUGCAAUAGAUAUCCACAACCCCCAUCGACAUGUUGCUCAUGCGAUCACAAAAUGAAUUUCUGCAGUGGAAAUCAGCGUCAAGAUAUCGAUGAACGUCUUCGGCGUUUGCAAUCUGACAAGGAUGCCUUAGCGCUACAAGUUCAAGUUCUAACUGAACAAGUUUCCUCACAAAAUGACAAAAUCAUUGAUUUGGAGAGGAGUUUGACGGAUAAAACUCAGCUGCUAAACAACACGGAGGAUAUGUUACAACGUGAAAUGUUGACUCGUUCAUCACUUGAAACUCAAAAACUUGAGCUCAUGUCAGCGAUGAGUGAGCUGAAAUUGCAGCAAGCCGCUUUAGAGCGUGAAAAUUUGGAAUUGCGAUCUAGUCAAAUGAACAACAAUAAUUCAUUACCAUCUCGACGACCACAAGCUUCUAGAGGAAUGUUAACAUCUACACCAAAUUCGACUUUCCAUGGAAGUGUUGGCAGUCUCCAACAAUCGAAUGCAGGCGUGUCUGCACCGAAGACACCACCUGCAUCGCUGCGACACCAAAUCAAUCCACAUUUCAGUAGUCUUCCGCGUACAUCAUUUACAAGUGGAUCACUUUCAACAUCAAAUGGGCCGACAUCGAAAUCCAUGAUUGGCACAUCAAAUGCAUUGAUCGAUAACAAUGCUAACCCAAAACAACGAAAUGUGGCAUUUGGUAAAAAUCUUAUUGAAAUGCGCUCAAUGAAUUCUUUACCAUCAAUGCAAGUGGCAGCUGGAUCGAAAAAUUUCAAUGAUCAAAUUCUCGCUGAAUUCUCACAGAACUUGUUGAAGGGCUUUGAAAAGCAAAGGGGUUAUUCGGUGCCUAAUUUAGCAAAUGAAACCAAGGAGUCCAAUUGCUUCUCUUCUUUAGUGAGUGGAUGCGGUCAUUUAUCCUGGAAAAAUGACGUGAAAAUUGAAGGGACUGAAACCGAGCGAGUAAUCGAAGAUUCAAACGAUCCGCCGCGAAGCUUCACUCCCCAACCAACAGCGUCACCAUCCCUUGGACAGAAAAGUAAAGGAUUUCGCAGUAUCUUUGGUAAAAUCAAGCGUAGUAAUAGUGGGAAUUUGGAAGAUUUGCCGGGUGAGGGAGAGUUUAAGCGUGGUGGUGUUCGAGCAACAGCAGGUGCUCGACUUGGCUGGAGUCAUACCAAUAAAUCUUCCGAUAAACCUUUUGAAAAGUGGGACGUUGAUGAGCUUUGCUCAUGGUUUGAUGAAAUGGGCUUGGGAUCAUAUGAAGACGAAGUGCGUAAAUGUUUUAAGGACGGAGCCACAGCGCUUAUUGAAAUCUCUCCAAUUGACAUGGAACGAGAUUUGAAUUUGAAGACGCCACUGCACCGUAAGAAAAUCACUUUAGCGAUAGCUGAUAUGACCGGUAAAGAGAAAGACGAAAUUAUGCUGAACGCUGGGAAAUUGGACACGGCAUGGAUCAUGCGAUGGCUAGACGACAUUGGACUUCCACAACACAAAGAUAUGUUUUCAACGGCGCGUAUGGAUGGUCGAAUGCUGAAUAAACUGACUAUGGAUGAUUUGGCUAGCUUACAUGUAACGUCGUGCUUACAUGUCGCAAGUCUACGCCGAGGAAUACAAGUCAUGCGAGAGAAUAAUUGGAAUCCUGAUUGUUUGAUCAGACGAUCCAGUGGCGAUGAAUCGAUAAGUGAGCCAAUACACUUAUGGACAGCGCAUCGAGUAAUGGAAUGGCUGAGGUGUGUCGAUUUGGCUGAGUAUGCACCGAACUUGCGAGGAGCAGGAGUUCAUGGUGCAUUGAUGAUGUACGAACCAAAGUUCACAGCUGAAUUACUAGCUGAUCUUUUAAGCAUUUCACAAAGUAAGACAUUACUUCGGCGGCAUUUGGCGACUCACUUUAAAGAGCUGCUCGGUCGCGAUGUGAUCCAAGGUAAACGUGACGCAGAAAAUGUAUUGGGCUAUCAACCAUUGACAAUUACAGCCAAAAUUAAGACUCCUAAGAAAUCACAAUUCUCUUUGAAAAGAAAGAAAAGCUCAAAGAGUGGCGACGAAUGGAGCGAUUUCGUUUGUCCAAUGGGAUCAUCAGGUGACCAACUUCUUACAACCAAUUCUACUUCUAACCAAAACGCUACUACUACUACUGGCAUCUCUAUGACGAAUCCAACAGUUCAGGAAAUCGCAGCAAACUCCGAAGUUGCCUCUCUGCCAACUAGUGCCAGUUCACCAACCUCAACGCGUAGCUCUACUUCAACAUCCUAGCAUAGGAUUAAUUCGACUUCAUCAUCCCCACUUAAGUCCAGCAAUAAUUCAUACAAUUCCUGCAAUAUAGCUUCUACCGAUUGUGAUUCGAAUCAUCGUGCCACGCCAUCACAAAUCAUUCGGUCAUCAUCGUUCAAUGAUUCAUGUACAGUUCCCGUCAAGAUAACAGCACAAACACCGCUACAACAGCAACCGCAACAAAGUAAAAUUAAGAAUUCGCCAUCAUUUACCGGUUGUUCACUGAAAGCCAAAAUUGCGUGCGCUCGUAGUUCCUUAGAUAGAAAAUUGAUGGGCGGCCGUGAAGCAGCACAACAAAACAAAAUGAAAUCCAGCAGUACCAGUACAUUUGCAAUAACAUCAUCAUCACAAGCAGGGAUAGCAGUUUCUACAACCACAGUAGCGGGAACGACAACAACAACAGUAGCAACGCUGUCAACUAUUAAUAAUGAACAAAAUCUUGUUUGUUUGUCGAUUGUUAAGAGUAAUGAUAAUCAAUGCGUUGAUUAUUACGUUUAAGUCUAAAAUCUAUUCAGAAAAGAAUAAUAUUCAAUAAAAUAAUGCGAUAAGUCAAUCAUAGAAGUAAACCUGUCAAAAACGGAAUAGGGCAAAGAGUGUAGAACUUCUUGGGACGAAGCAACGAAGUUUAACCAUUUCAACAUUAUCUUUUCAAAAUUAAACUGAUAAAUUAUAAAAAAUAGCAGAUUAUUAUCAAUGUAUAUUUAUUAUAUGCAAGAAAAUCCAAACCAAGUAAAUUUGAUCCGUACCUGAA